AGAACGUGUUCCUUGGACUAUAUUAUUCAGUCCACACUCAGUAUCUUCAAACUCUCACCCAAAAACAGAACAUCCUCAACUCUCACCCAUACACUCAGCCUCACUAACUCUCACUCUCACUCACCACAUUGCCUCUCUCACUGCUCUUCCCUCUCAAGAAUUUCAUAUUUCAGGUUCACAAUGCCUGAAAUUGAUAUAAUCAUAUACCACGGUGGUCCGUUGAAGAAUGCCAAUGCGAACAAGGGAUUGCCAUUUGAAGGGCCGGGUAUAAAGACCUAUUAUACCCAAAUUGAUCGUAGGUUGAAGACCCUUGACGAAUUGAAGAUGAUGGUUAUGGAAGAGUUGUGUAAGAACCCUGCUAUGCACAACAUACACAUUACUUAUCGCAUGCCAAAUGAAAUCCUGAAGCAUCGGAUUAAUUACAAGUACAUGGCGAUAGAAGCAGACAAACAUGUGAAGAUCAUGUUUGACAAGUUGGAGAGAAUACCUGAAGUAACUAACAUUGAGUUGUACAUACAGUUGGAGCCACGUGCAGAAGUUGGUAUUGAGGAGGAAAUCCAACAAACACAAACAAGUUUACAAGUUACAGUUCCAUAUGCUCAAUACCAGUAUUUUAGACAUGUAGAGCAUGCUGAUGUUCAUGCCGGAAAUGAUGAUGAUGAGGAUGAGGAUGAGAAUGAUGAUGAGAAUGAUGAUGAUUAUGAUGAUGAGGAUGAGGAUGAGGAUGAGGAUGAUGACUAUGUUGAUGAAAAUAUUGCCAUUAACGGUGAAGAUUUGGCGAUAGAGAUGAGAUUGAAGACAGGAUUGAACAAGGGGACUUUAGGGACUUUGAGAGGGACAUUGAUGACGAUGAGACAUUGGACGGUGGUCAACCUGAUGCAUACAAUGUUCUUAGUGUCCAAAACAUUACAGACACAAUCCCUGUAUGACAUCCUUAAGAAGUUAUGUGAGGAUCACACUACCCCAAUUAAGCAUCUCAGAUCUAUGAUAGAGUCGAAAUAUGAGGGACAAAAGCCUUCUUACUACAAGGUGUGGGAUGCGAAACAAAAGGCGAUUGAGAAGAUGUUUGGAAAUUGGGAAGAGUCUUACCAAAGGUUGCAGAAGUUGCUAAUGGCAUAUAUUGAUCAGGAUCCGACGACGCAGCAUUGA